AAAAAUGGAUGAUGAUGAUGAUGAUGACAUUCCCCAGCUUUCAUCCCAUACAUUGGCUGCCCUCCAGGAGUUCUAUCUGGAACAGCAGCAGAGAGAGGGCAUGAAGACCUCCCAAGGGUUUAAUCAAUAUUCCAUUGGCUCAAUAGAAGAAGACUGGCAACUGAGCCAGUUUUGGUACAGUGAUGAAACUGCAUCGUGCCUGGCUAAUGAAGCGGUUGUGGCAGCUGGAAAAGGUGGCAGGAUAGCAUGUGUUAGCGCACCGAGUGUGUACCAGAAACUGAAAGAACAGGAUGGUAAAGAUUUUUCAGUGUGUAUACUGGAGUAUGACAGAAGGUUUUCUGUAUAUGGAGAAGAAUUUAUCUUCUAUGACUACAACCACCCUUUGAACUUACCUGAAAAUCUCCUGCCACACAGUUUUGACAUCGUAAUAGCAGAUCCACCCUAUCUGUCUGAGGAAUGUCUGCAAAAAACUGCAGAGACCAUCAAAUACUUAACAAAAGGAAAGAUUCUGCUUUGCACAGGUGCAAUCAUGGAGGAACAGGCAGCAAAGCAUCUUGGUGUGAAGAUAUGCAAGUUUAUUCCAAAGCACUCACGAAAUUUAGCCAAUGAAUUUCGAUGUUACGUGAACUAUGCUUCUGGACUGGACUGAUUCUCAUAAGAAGAUCUACAACUUUUUCAGUCAAGCUUCUUUCUGGUUUUUUAUCAGUGACUCCACAUUUCUCAAUGCUGAAAUACUCAGCUCCAAGUACAGUUUUCUGGGCUAGUUUUAAUCAACACGGUGUGACAGCCUUUGUCUUUUAAAUGUGUAAGCAUUUGCAGUUACUGUGUUUUGUAUCUUACCUAUUAGGUAAAUAGGGACCAAACAAUGCAGGUGCUGGAUAAUGGGAACUUCUCUGUUAGAGUUUCAUUCUAACUGGUAGUUUUUCCCAUUCAAGGACUCUUCAGUGACCUCUCUGAAGUGAUUUUAGCUGGUUGGCUUAUAACAACACAUAGGUGCUUGCCUCACAGACAUCAGAAUUCUCAUUGCAUCAGAACUGCUGAGUUGGUAGCUAGUGGGUGGUUGAAAGAGCAUGAAUAGUGGUUUCCUUU